AUGUUGCGCAUUCCGUAUGCGGACGAUCUGCACUGCCACCUUCGGCAAGGUGAGCUCAUGUCGCUGGUGACGCGGCGUAUAAGACAGGGCGGCUGCGACCGCGUGCUGGUAAUGCCGAACACCACGCCGCCGGUGACCACCUGCGCGCAGGCGGGGUCGUACCGGCAGCAGCUGCUCGCAAUCGAGCCCCGCGUGGACUACCUCAUGACGCUCUACCUGACGCACGACCUGUCGGCCGACGACCUGCGUAUGAACGCGCGUCUGAACAACGUCCAGGGGGUGAAAUGCUACCCCGUGGGCACCACCACCAACUCGCAGCACGGUUUCCGGUCGCUGGAAGAGUUCUACCCCAUCUUCUCCGUGAUGGAGGAGCUCGGGCUCUCGCUGCACGUGCACGGCGAGCAGCCGGGAUCCAGCCCACUGUCCGCCGAGGCGGAGUUCAUCCCUCACGUCGAGCAUGUGGCACGCUCCUUCCCUAGGCUGAAGGUUGUGGCUGAGCAUGUGUCCACCAAGGCGAGCCUUGAUGCCGUGUCCCGUGUACCCAACCUCGCCGCCAGCGUGACUCCGCACCAUCUGUUCCUGACUACGGACGACGUGCUGUCCGAGCUGGAUGGAGUGACGCUGGAUAACAUCGCAUCGCACAUAAAAAAUCCGCACCUCUACUGCAAACCGCUGGCCAAAAGCGCCGCCGACAGGGACGCCCUCCUACAGGCAGUCAAGUCGAGGAGCGCCAAGAUAUUCCUAGGUUCGGACUCCGCGCCGCAUACUCUCGCUGCCAAGUCGUCCGCGAACCCGCCCGCGGGCAUUUACACGCAACCCUUCCUCAUGAACUAUGUCGCCACAAUCUUCAAGCAGCUGGAUCGCCUGGAUUUUCUCGAGGCCUUCGCGUGCCGCAACGGCGCUGCGUUCCUUGGUUUGCCCCAGAAAGAGCUGAACUGCUUUGAGCUCGGCGAUGACACCUUCACGGUACCCCCUACCGUGGACGAUAUUUUGGUGCCCUUCUUGUCGGGCCACGAAUUGCUAAAGAUAAAAUCCUAG